AUGCUGGAUGAAAAAUUAUCUUGUUUGCUAGAUGAAAGUGAAGAUGAACUUAAUGACACAAAUGAUACUACAUAUAAAAAUGAAGAGUGUUAUUUAAAUGAAAAAAACAUAAGGAAUGAUAAUUGUAAAAAUUCUUCAAGUUCAUUAUUAAACUUUAACAUUCGUAAUCUUGGUAAUUUAGAUGCUUUUUUUAAAAUUUCGAAUGAUAAUAAAAAUUUAAAACAGAACGAUAUUAAUAUAAGAAAUAAUAACUUAAAUGAAAAUACUCCAUUCUAUAAUGUAGGAAAAAAAAAAGAUGAAAAUAAUUCAGAUAAUAAUUUGAAUACAAAUGAUAUAAAUGACAAUGAAAAAAAUAUUUUGAAUACUGAAUUAAAAAAAAAACAUGCACAAUUAAAAGCAAAUUCACUAAAUAAUUUUGUGAAUAUCAAAAAUGUGAAAUGUGACGAAAUUAAUAAAUAUACUAAUGAAUCUUACACAUAUCUUUCUCCAAAUAAAAAAAAAAUAAGUAACUUUGAAAAUAAAUCAAAAAAUGAAAACGCCUUAUCUAAUACCUUAAAUAAUGUCCAUAAUGAUGAAAUAACGACAAGUUGUAAAAUAAAUGAAAAUCACAAUGAAUCAGAAUGUAAAAAAAAAGAUAUGCUCCUUCAGAAAGAAAAGGGUUAUUUACUCAAAGAAAAGGAUAAUUUAGAAAAAAAUAAAGAAGAAAUGGUAGAUAAUAUUAUUUAUGAAAGAAACAAUUUUUCAGAAACCUAUUUAUAUAAGGAAAAUUUUAAUAUAGGUGAAAUUAAGAAAAAUAAUGCAUUAAAAGAAAAGAAUUUAAGCAAUAAUAUAAAAAAAAAUGAUUAUAAAAAUUCUGAAAAUAAUAAUAUAGAUUUAUCAGAUCAAACUUUUACUUUAAUUGAUACUAACAAUGAAAGCAAUAAUUAUAUAAGAAAUAACGAAAUAUUAAAAGAAAACUCAUUCAAUUAUUCUGAUCUUAAUUUAAAUGAAAUGUUCCUUAAAAACAGCAAAUCAUGUAAUUCAUUUAAUAGUUGUGAAUUUAACACAAAUGAAAAAAAUAAAAAGAGAGCCUCAAUCUUAAAUAGUAACUCAACUAAAUCUAAUUCUCUUAUUGGACCAGCUGGAUUGCAACACAAAAUUAAAAAGUAUGGAAAUACAAAAAGUAAAGAAUUAAUUUAUUGUUUUUCUUUUAUAAAAUAUGGAUCGUGGAUCAAAGGAUUACAAAUAUUAAAUUUGCCAUUAGAUCCAUUUCACUUAAGCAUAAACAGUCAUAAAUAUAUAUAUGAUAAUCCAUCUAAUGGAUCUUUUUUAUAUAAAUAUAAUAUACAUACCAUUCUAAAUAAUAAAAAAUUUUUUAAUUACAGAAUUGAAAGGAUGAUGGUUAUAGUAAAAAGUAUCAUAUGUCGCAAUCAUGGAUACUUUUUAGUUGUUAUGGACCCCUCAGGCCAAAUGCCAGCUUCUUUGCAUAAAGAAGUAGAAAGUGAAUAUAAAAAAAAAAUUGAUAUUGGAUGUACCUUACUUUUGAGAGAUGUAACUGUUUUUGACACUAUAGAUAACUUCCCUUACUUAAUAGUUACAUUAAGAAGUCUUGUAAGAGUUAUAAAAUCUGAAGAAACAGAUUAUGUAACUAAAGAAAAAAUAUUUAAUGGACUAAAAAUAUAA